AUGUCUCACAAAUUUGUAAUUGUUGGUGCUGGUCUUUCUGGAUUGAGCAAUGCAUUUUUCAUUAAGCAUUUUUUCCCAAAGGCUUAAAUAACUUUAGUAGAGUAAUCUAAUCGUGUCGGUGGGAUGAUCAUUUCAAAUAAUAGAAAUGGAUUUAUUUGUGAGGAAGGUCCAAGAUCAAUAAGAAUGGGAAAGUACAAUAGACCACUAUAUCAUAUUCUAAAUAAGAUCGGACUUUAUAAAGAAUUUGUGCCCAGUAUUCAGUAGCCAUAUAGUUAUAUAUAUUGGAAUGGGAAAUUAAAUGCUGUUCCUCUGCAAAUGAAUUUAGAAACAAUAUCCUAAUUUGUAUAGGAUAAUGGAAGUGGGGAUGUCUUUAAACUAAUAAAAGCAUAUCCGAAGAUGUUGUUUAAGAAACUAGAUACGGACAAUUUGGGAGAUUACUUGGAGUUGGUAUUGGGAAGGGAUUUGACUGAAAAAUAUGCUGAGUCCGUAUUUUACGGGAUCUAUGGGGAAUCAGUGUAUAAUUUAUCGAAGGCUUUGUGUUACUAGAAGAGUCAUAUGAAAGGAUAUGAUGAAUAGCAAAUAAGCAAGGAUUUGAGUUUCGAUAAGGACUUUGAAUAGGCGAGGGAUUAGAAAUUGAAAGGAGCAAAUAGUUAUAGAUUCAAAGAAGGUGUAGAGUCUCUACCAAAGAGGAUGCAUGCUUAUUUAUAAGAGACAUAUGAAUCGGAUUAUAAGGUGAAGUUGAAUUCGAAGGCUAAGUGUAUUGAUCUGUCAAGAAAGGAAUUGGUAGUUGAGAGUAGGGAGGAAUAGGAGGAGUAAAGAUUAAAUUAUGAUUAUUUGAUAUUGAAUGCUCCUACUCAUCAGUUAUCUCAGAUAAUGAUUAAUUCUAAUUUGAAUAAGGUUGGGGAGAUGUUCAGAGGAGUUAAGUGCAAUACAUUGGUGACUAGAAAUAUAUGUUGGGAUCAAAAGAUAUUGCCUAAGGAAUUUAAAGGCUUCGGAUAUUUAAUAAAUCCAAAGUAGUAGUAGGUGAUUUUGGGGAUGGUGGCAGAUUCACUUUCCUUUCCUUCGUAAUAUCCUGAGAAUGCUACCAAUUUAUCUGUUAUGUCAAUAUAUGAUGUGAAUGAUCAUGUGAUUUUGAGUGAGUUGAGUAAACAUUUGGGAGUGAAGAUUCCUGAUCCAAAAGAGAUAGUCACUAAAAGUUGGUCAAAAGCAUUUACUCAAUUUUCACCUGGACAUUAGGAGGAAAUGAAGAAGAUAGAGUCAGAAUUGAAUGCAAAAAGUAUAAUAAUAGGAGCCAACAAUUACACACUGGCUAUCCCAGAAUUGGUGUACUUGUCCUAUAGUAAGGUGAAACAAUUAUAUUUGUGA